AUGACUAGAAUAAUCAAAGUCAAACCUAAAUCAACAUACCAAGUUAACCACCCGUAUGAUUCAGUAAUAACAACUAAAAUUAUCAAAGUCGAACCUAAAUCAACAUACCAAGUUAGCCACCUGGUAAAAUACGUAAAAACACCAUAG